AUGUUUUACUCCAAAGAUAUAUUGACGCGUAAAGCCGGAGGCUUUGGAAUUAUAUGGUUAGCCGCUACUUUGGGAUCACGAUCAAAUUUGCGAAAAUUAUCAAAGAGAGAAGUCAAUUCUAAGUUUGAUUAUUCUGAUGGUUUUGUGAAUACAUACAGUGAUUAUGUCGUCUCUCCUCCGGAACCACUUGCAUUACGGUUAACUUCGAAUCUUAUGAUUGGAAUCACGCGAGUUUACUUUCAACAAUACACAUUUUAUUAUACUGAUGUGAACAAUGUUUGGGUUCGUCUAAGAAAAGAAUUGACCGCAAUAGAGAACGAGCUUAUAAAUAUGCCGGAUCCAGAAGCAAAAUACGAAGCAAUUACGAUCGAAGAUGAUCCAGAAUUCUUGAUUGAAAUAUCGGUGCCAGCUCUAAGAGACAUCGGUCUAGUACCUGAUCUUAAUAAUAAAAUCGAAUUCUCGGAAAAAUCUGUUGGUAAGGACGAAUUUUCAAACUUCGUUCCUAUAUUAGAAAGUUUUACUGGUAGUGGCGGUAGUCUUAGCGAUUUGGGAGAUGAUGAAUUAUUGAAGGAUGAUUCUGGAAUAAGACUUCAUUUCGAAGCAGAUGGAACUCUCCGAGAAAUUAUUCCCAAUCAGCCAAACAUUCCCGAAUUUGAUAAUAACGACCAAUUCGGUGCUCAAAUUUACGAAGAAAUGAUAAGAGAAGUCAGAGAAGACCAUUAUGAAGGUGAAGAAGCAGUAGAAAGAAAGCGACGUAGACUCAAUAACCAAAUUGGUCUCGAGAAUGAAGAUUUAUUGAGAUUAGAAGAUAUCAAUGCGGAAAUGGAUAUCGAUACGGAACAAUUAUCGAAUCAAGAGAUUCUGGCUAUGCGAGAUAAUUGCACUCGAGAUCUUAUUAAAGCUCAGGAAUCAGCAAGAAGAAAGGAAAUUUCGCAAGUAUUCAAAGAAAAAGUAAAAGAAGCCUUAUACACACCGUGCUUACAAUUUAAAGCACUGGAAUUGCAAUCGUUCUGGAAUAAACAUUGCGCUCCUCUUAUGCGAGGAAAUAGAAUAACAAUAAACAGGGAGUUGAUGGACUUGGCUGAUUCAAGUCGAAAUGUUGGUGCGAUUACCGGAUUUGACGAAAUUGAGAUGGAUGACGAAUCCGUUGUUCCAAUUGAUGAUGAGAUGCUUGAAGAAGCUAUGCGUCACGAGUCCAUGCUUGAUGAUGAACCUGAGCGGCGAAGAGCUGCAGAUAAUAGUCAACAGAACUCGGGAUUAUUGCAGUUUGAUAGACUCAAUUCACGUGCAAGCAGUAUUGAUGGUGUUCCUGAUACUGGUACAUCUUUUGUCAAUUCGUCAUUGUGUCAUGUCUCUCGCUCACGAUUUGAUUUUACGCAAAAAGAUCAAUUUGAUCGGGCCUCCUCGGCGGAUACGCGUGCAAACCACGAUGUUUCCUUGGAUUUGUCUGGUCAGCUUGGAAGUAAUCGUAAUAGGCAGAGCUCGGUCAGAUUAGAUCGUGCAUCAGUCUCCUCUUCGGAUGGAGGAGACUUUAUCGGAGAUGAUUUCGGAUUACUACCGGAAUUCAACAUAUUCAAUAAUGACAUGAUUGAUGACGAUGAUGAAAGAUUCAGUAACGGGAUAAAUACCCAACAAGAUAGAAGAAAUGAAUCGUCAACUAUCGUGGAGAAAGAAUCCUAUAAUUUCAUGGAAUUUGUGAAAUCGUCGAUGGAUCAAGUUGGCGUUUCUCGUGUGACGUUUCAAGAAAUAAUGAAUUCUCGACGAGCCAAAAAAUCAGAAGUGGCGAAAUCAUUUUAUCACUUGUUAGUGCUAGCCACUAAAAGUAAAGUUCAUGUAAGCCAAACACUACCUUACGGCGAUAUUAUAAUGGAGUUUACAUGA